AUGGUGCUCGUCCCCUUCCUCCAGCGAUGCAUCCAGCUCCUCCUCCUCCCCCUCCACAUUCUCGCCUGCCUGGGCUUGUGGGACCCCUUCUACAAGAAAGUCUUCCCGCACGUCAUGGCGAAGGUGGCGCCCACCUACAACCGGAGGGUCUUCAAGCAGAAGCAAGAGCUGUUCAGCAACUUAAGAAAAUUUGCAGCCCCUUCAGGCCAGCUCACAUUACUGGAAAUAGGCACCGGCACCGGCACCAAUUUCCAGUUCUACCCGCCAGGCUGCCGGCUGACGUGCACCGACCCUAACCCCAAUUUCAGCAAGUUCCUCCUCAAGAGCCUCUCGGAGAACCAACACCUCAAGCUUGAACGUUCAUUGGUGGCUUCUGGCGAGGAUCUGCGUCAAAUACCGGACGGCGCCGUGGACGUGGUGGUGGGCACCUUGGUGCUGUGCUCUGUGACCGACACCGAGAAAGUCCUGAGAGAGGUUUUGCGAGUGCUCAGGCGGGGUGGAGCUUUCUACUUCUUGGAGCACGUGGCUGCCGAUCAUUCCAGUUGGACCUACUUCUGGCAGAAGGUCUGCGACCCAGUCUGGAAGUAUUUUGGAGAUGGGUGCUCCUUGAGCAGAGAGACGCAGCAGGAGCUGCAGAAAACUAAUUUCUCGGAGCUGAAUUUGAGGCGCAUCCACAUCACACCGUACUGGAUUCCUACUAGUCCUCAUAUCAUCGGGUACGCCAUCAAAUAA